UCGCCUCCCUUUUCCUUCCCGAAAAAAAAAAAACCCAGCCCCGCACUCUCGCUCAGUCGCAACCGGUUUGUGCCGGCCGCCGGCUUGCGCGCUGAUCCAAAGCCAUGGGCUGCCUUUCCUCCUCCUCCUGAGGCUCCAAGGAAGGGGGGGCCUGGGGCUGUCUGGCCCACUGACCGGCCGCCCUGCCCUUCUCCUCAAGGCGCCCAUAAAGCUCCUCCGGGAAAAGGCAGAAGCCUCUUGGAGCACCAGCCCGGCGCCUUGGCUGCCUCCGCCGCAGGCUGAAGUGACAGCUGUUCCAACACAACAUGUUCUAGAAGCCUGGAUGAUUCAAGACUGUUUUUUAGCUGUCCCCUGACUUGUUCCCGGAAGAUGGUGUUUCAGAAGCCACCAGAUGGAGGAUGGGGCUGGGUGAUUGUGUUCAUAUCCUUCUUCACCCAGUUCUUGUGCUAUGGAUCUCCUUUAGCUGUUGGAGUUCUGUAUCUUGAGUGGUUGGAUAAGUUCGGAGAAGGAAAAGGAAAGACUGCAUGGGUGGGAUCUCUUGCCGGUGGAGUUGGACUACUUGCAAGUCCCAUAUGCAGCUCGUGUGUGUCUGCUUUUGGAGCAAGAUCUGUAACCAUCUUCAGUGGCUUUAUGGUUGCUGGAGGCUUGAUGAUCAGCAGCUUUGCACCUAAUAUCUACUUCCUUCUCUGUUCCUAUGGAAUCAUUGUUGGUCUCGGCUGUGGCUUACUGUACACUGCAACAGUAACUAUCACAUGUCAAUAUUUUGACAAGCGCAGAGGACUUGCACUUGGCCUGAUUUCUACAGGCUCCAGUCUUGGACUUUUUAUAUAUGCCGCCCUACAAAAAGAACUCAUUGAAUUGUAUGGACUGGAUGGGUGUUUGCUUCUUGUUGGAGCACUGUCUCUAAAUAUAUUAGCAUGUGGGAGUCUCAUGAGGCCUUUGCAGUCAAGCGGGUCCACUUUGCCGGGCCAGCCAAGUUCUGAGAAAAUUCCAGAUCAAUACCUCCUUUAUAAUGAAAAAGAAAAGAAUGUUUAUGAAGACAACAUAAAGAUAUUUGAAAAAGCCACGGAUGAUGGAAAAGGUGUGCCUUGUACAGAUUGUAAGCAGGAUGCUCUUACAAUAAAAAACAGUCUAUUAUCAGUAACACCAGGAGAGACAGGCACAUACAAAAAGAAAGUUGCGGAACAGACAUAUCUCUGCAAACAGUUUGCCAAGAAGAAAUGGCACCUAUAUUUAGACUACUGGGAGGAAACGCUGGAACUUUUUAAGAACAAAGUAUUUUCAUCACUUUUUAUUGCCAUCUUCUUCUUUGACAUUGGUGGAUUUCCUCCUUCCCUACUGAUGGAAGACAUUGCAAGAAGUUCAAACAUCAGUGAAGAAGAAUGUAUCAUUCCUCUCAUUUCUAUCAUAGGCAUUAUGACUGCCAUUGGUAAACUUGUUCUAGGAAUCUUAGCAGAUUUUGCCUGGAUUAAUACUUUAUAUCUGUAUGUCUUGACUUUAAUAUCGACUGCAGUGGCACUGGUGUUGAUUCCAUUUGCCCAAAGUUAUAUUACACUGGCAAUUCUUUCAGGCAUUUUAGGCUUUCUGACAGGCAAUUGGUCAAUUUUCCCAUAUGUCACAACAAAGACAGUGGGCAUUGAGAAGUUAACACACGCAUACGGGAUACUGAUGUUUUUUGCCGGACUUGGAAACAGCCUUGGACCACCAAUAGUAGGUUGGUUUUAUGACUGGACAAAGUCUUACGACAUGGCAUUUUACUUCAGUGGACUUUGCGUUCUGUUUGGAGGACUGCUUUUGCUGGUGGCAGCCCUGCCAUGUUGGAACAGCACAGAAAACAGCAGACAAUCGGAAAAGCCACAUCCAAAUAUUUAUUCCUAUACAGGUGCAUCCGUUGCAUAGGUUACAGUGUGGAACAGCUGCUGAUGCGUUCUCUCUCUCUCUCUCUCGUCUCUCAUUGUUUUAUACUGCACUGCAACAUAUUUUAGUAAUUUUUCCACUUAUUUAUAAUUCAACUUUUUAUACUCCUUUGAAAUGCUUGUAGCAUUGACCAGAGCCUCUUCCAUGGACAUUUUUUUUUAUCUGUUUCUGGCUAUGGCAGAUGAGGCUCCUUUAGCACGAAAUACCUUUUGCUUUUUCAAUCACCAGAAAGCCUUUUUAUACCACUUGAUUACAGCCUGUCCAGUUUAAUAUAUGCUCAGGAACAAUAUAAUACAUAGGUGGAGUACCACUGGAAGAACUUUGCCACAGCCUUUGGUGUUGAACACUUUGCUACUACUCUCUAAUGCUGGAUGUCAGGUGGAGGCGUUAUACUAUACAUACUUAAUAUUAUAAUUCUGAAAGGUUGUGUGCAGAUCUGCUCUGUGCCCAGUGAAUCAUACAGUGAGAUCUGAUCUGGAGCCGGCACUGUUUGCUCUUCUGUGACCUCCUUUCUCUUUCUAGUACUGUUCUGUAUUACAAGUUUCAUCAACUAAUUAUUUUUGUAAUGGAACGAAACCUAUUUUAUACAGACUUUUAUAUAAGCAGUUUGUGUUUGUUUAUCUUUUGACAAAGAUAAAUCUUGCUUCAGAAAUCUUGAUAGCCCUGUAAAGAGAGACUUUGAAGACAAUCUGAUCAUAUCAGCCUGAAUGUAAUCAGCGUUUAGUGCUUCUUUCUGAUAGGAUAAAUGUUAUGAAAUGUUCUCAAGGUCUCAUAUGUUGACAUGAGGAAGAUUUUAUUCACAUCGCCUGAGAAGUAAAUUGAACUGCCAAAAAAAAAAGGGGGGAGGGGGAAGCUUCCAGAAGUGGCAGAAAGUUCUACACUCCAAAUACGUUACCUCUCACGUCUUCAGAAGUUUUUUGUUUAAAAACUCUGUUAAACCCAAAGUGAUAAAACCAAGGAAUAAAUACAGGUUGUAAAAUA